UGCAGUAGUGUGCACCCUCUCUUCGACUUUACGCCACGGCGCUCGCGCUUUCCGGAUUGGAUAUCAUUUUAAAGUCGGUUUCUAAAUUGUCCACAUUUCGUUUUUUUUAGAAUUCAGAUCUUCUCCAUAAAGCCAGGACACAUACAAAGGACAUCUUGUGUACUGCUACGCCUAGUUUUAAAAUAGUUAUUCAGUACAGUUGUGAAUCAGUAAAUGUGUAGGGACAGGGAAAAGUAAACAUUGCACUGUGUCAGUGAUGAAGAUAGAGGUCUACUUUGGGUUUCUAUAAAUUAUUUCUUGUUACCGGUAUAGCUUUUUCGGUUACGGCUACCAUUUUAUUAUUUAUGAUUAGCAAAAAUAUUUAAAAAAUCACCUCUUAAUUAUUUCUUUUAAAUUAGCUUAUAUGACUACCACUUGUUUAGCCCAGAAACCGUUUAACUUCUCACAUAAAAAAAAAAUAUUGAGUAGUCCUAGACAGAGCCUCUGAAGUCUCAACGGAAGUUUUCAUUCCAGCUGCGCCGUAAUCUUUUGCGCAUCUGCGUGCGCCUCUAGCACAUGUCUAUGCAAAUCACCCGUGACAACAAAUGUCAUACUAGAAGGUGCUAUCAUUGCAUUUACAGUAGUUAAAAGAUAUUAGCCAAAAUUUCUCUAAUGCAGGAAUCGGAAAUAGAUCUACAUACUCUGCAAAACUAUAUUGGAUACACCGCUAUGUGAAACAUUAUAUUCUAUUUAUUCUGACAUUAUUGUGGUUUGUUGGUGAGAUUACAGAUUAACUUGAUCUAAUAACCGAUUUUAUCCACAUAACUGACAUCCUAGGCUGAGACUAGGAAAGUGAGGGCUUAAAGUAAAGAUGGACGCGGCUGACAUAGAUCUUGAUCUGGACUCUAAUUUCGAACCGCAAACAAGAGCACGUUCGAAUACGUGGCCUCUUAGGCCACAGAGAGAAUUAGAAACUCAUAGCAGUCCCGUGUCUGUAGAUGAGGCUACCUCAGGAGUAGAUCCUCAUGGAAAUUCUAAAGAUCCUCUUGGAUUAACUGCCAAGAAAAGUGGUUCUCGUAGAAAUGCUUGGGGAAAUCUGUCUUACGCUGACCUUAUUACGAAAGCUAUUCAAAGUUCACCGGAGAAAAGAUUAACACUGUCUCAAAUAUAUGACUGGAUGGUUCAGAAUGUUCCUUAUUUCAAAGAUAAAGGCGAUAACACUAGUUCUGCUGGAUGGAAAAAUUCUAUUCGCCAUAAUCUUUCUCUGCAUAAUCGAUUUAUGCGCAUUCAGAAUGAAGGGACUGGCAAAAGCUCUUGGUGGGUUCUCAACCCUGAUGCGAAGCCUGGAAAAACACCAAGAAGAAGGGCUGGAAGCAUGGAGACUAAAAGCUAUGAAAAAAAGAGGGGUAGAGUUCGUAAGAAGGUGGAGGCUCUCAGAGCAGCUCUAGAAAAUGGAGAGCUGCCACCUAGUGGAACUGAUGAUUUUUUGGAAAAUUUUGGAGACUUCAGGGCUAGAACUAGUUCUAAUGCUAGCAGUUGCAGUCGUUUGUCUCCAAUCAAUGACCUCCAUGAUAACCAUGAUAAUCCUAAUGUUUGGGGGACUGAAGGAACAGGAAAUACAUCUCCUCUGUAUUCAGGAGAAUAUUCAGAUCUUGUUGACUCUUUAAUAGAUGGUAUGAAAUUAACCAAUCAAGAUAACUUAAAAAUUGAACUUGGCUUAAGAGAUAAUUUUCUAUCUAACAGCUCAAGAGAAUUCAAUGGCCAGUACAUGGAUCAUGUAUCACCUGGGCUAGACAACCAGUAUACUCAUUUACCAGCUCCUCCACCCUACCCACAGCAACAGCAGAAAAAGCCAGUUAAUAAACCUGACUUCAACCGGACAGAGUACACCACUCUGCACAUGCAGUGUCGACCGAGCCCAACUGCUAAUGGAGCACCUAACUUUGUUCAAAAUGACCUCUAUAAUGGUGACUACAGUGAGCCUAUGAAACGUGAUGUGAUUGUCAAACAUGAACCACUGUCUCCAGCACAUUACGGUGAAAGUGCCAAUAUUACAAAUGAGCAACCAGGCCACAUGGCAUCUCCUUGUGCAUUGUCUGUAAACACACUCAAUUCACCAGACAGAUCUCAGCAGGCCAGUCCUAACACAGGAGGUUUCAACCCACACCUCAGCCCACAGUCACAAGCUUCAAUGGUUAAUGGACAAAUGUCCAUGAUCAAUUGUCAGGUUUCUCCUCAGCCAAAUAGGCAUAUUAGUCAACAGUUAAAUAUGUCAACUUUGCAGCAAAAUCAGGCUUCCAUACUUCGUGAAGCACUGACCAGAGGACCAGUUUACAAAACUCAUCAACCAACCAAUAGCUCCUCCAAUGCCUAUAAUCACUACAGCAACCAGUCUGCAAUUGGCAAUGGGCAUAACAGCAAUAUAAACAAUAGUUUGCUAAAUAUGCCUCAUAAUUCUGAUGUGAGCCCACACCACACUCCUCUGACCAAUGGUCACUUGCGUGUCAUCAAUGAAUAUCUACCAGAUAACUAUGUCAACACUAAUGGAGUUGGCACUACAACCAAUACUUUGAGCAUGCCUAUUGAUAUUGAUGUUGAUCUGCUUGGUGGGUUAGACUAUGACAUGGACCAAGUCAUAAAACAGGAGUUAACACUUGAAGGAAAUUUAGAUUUCAACUUUGAUGCAGGACAAAAUGUUGUGCAUUAAACUGUACACAUAUUAUAUUCAUUGACAUAGUUUUUGAAAGUGGCUAAAUUGAUAGAAGCUGUCAGAUCUAUGGAGAAGUUUUUGAGAUGUGAUACUGGUGUAUAAAGUAUGUGUACAUAUAUUUGUGUACAGUUGGACUUAUCUUGGAUUUGUUAUUCUAUUAAUUUUAAAUAUGAUUAUGUUAAAAGGACUUAUCAUGGAUUUGAUAUUCUAUAAGUGAUAAAUAUGAUUAUUGCUCUAUGGUUAUACUGCGUAAAUGUUUUAGAUAUAGGAUAUGUUUUCAUUGUAAACACUAUGGCUGCUGGACAAAUUAAAGCAAUGACUGGCUUCAGUCACAUCAUCAUACAUGAUUCCUAAAAAAAGUGCAGGUUAGCUUUUAAUGUUCAGUGACUCAGUUUGACUUCAGGCUUGGUUCUAGUGAUUAAUAUCUAAAGCCUGAAUUAUAAGUGAAUUUGCUCAUACAUGUCGUGAUUAAUGGGCUUUGUUUAAUUGCUAAAGUACUUUAUACUAAAGAGUUUAAAACUUAAAGUCUAUAGACAGUUUUCCUUUUAUUAAUCUGAUUGAAAAGACCUAAAAUAUUGUGUUUCUAUUGGUGUUGAACUAAUAUUAAAAAACUAAACUAAUUUUAAAAAAAUAAUUCUACGAUAUCAACUGAAGUAUACAUUUUUAUACCAAAUAUAACAUUCUACCAAAUAUCUUAAAUCUGUAGAUGAAUUGUUGAAAAUAAUAAACUAGAAAGUGAGACCAUUUCUCUCCAUUAAACUAUUCUGGACAUGAACAGAAUGUUGACAGGUAUUGUGAUAUAUUUUCUUCUUUCACCUGACUCACACAUCUACUUCCUUUAUGGCUGUGGUAAUAGAACUAUAAAUAUUUUGAUGUUUUCAUAAUAUACAGAAAUGCUUCUAUAGUGACAAUAAUUGUGGAAUUUUAAAACUAUUCUUAUUGUAUAUUUCUUACAUUUGUAUCUCUCUCUUUCAUUUAUGGAAUCAUAAAUACCAAAAAAUUAAUUUAACUGGAAUAGGCAAAAAUAUAAUGCUGCCAUCAUUGUGAUUUCUAUUCAAAAAUUAUUUUUUAAUUAAAAACAUAUUUCAUAGACUAUAUUUUACCUAUAUGAAUUCUAAUAAUCUAUAAUUGAACAGAAUUAAUGUUGCCCUCUAAAUACUGACGAAAAAAAAUCUUGUAUGCACCAAAAUCCUAAAAAGGUAUUUUUAUCUUCUUUUUCAUUAAAAAAUUAAAGAAAUCUUUAGGGAAGUCAUUAAGAUUUUUUUUUUAUGAUUAAUAAUUAUAUUAUAAUUUUUUUAAAUAUAGAAAGACAUUAAAAUAUACAUGUAUAACUAAAUGGCUUAAAUUAUUCUAGAAAACAUGUGCACACAAUGUAACAAACUAAACAUGAAAUAGCACCCUCACUGUCUGUUCAAUUAUCAGACUUACUACUAGAUGACAUGUACAUGAAAUUGAUGUGCAUUGUAGUGGGAUGUGUGUACCUAAUAACUUUAAAUUCCAUCUCUUUUGAGCACAUUGAAGCAUAAAUGUAUUUGAUAUAUUUCAUCAAGUAAGAAAUCGAGUGACUUCUAGAAAUGUGACUGAAAUAUGUCCUCCUGUACUUAACAUUGGGAUGAAUUAAUUUCGGUUGAGCCAAAGAUACUAUAAUGCUAGUAAAUUUUUAGUCUCCCUAAUUUAUGUAUCUUGGUCUUGAAGCAUAACUUUGUUUCAUAGCCUUAGUGGUAUAUUUCAGUGGUAGUCCAUGAGACACAUGAUCAAUUUGAUCUUUAUAGGAGGAGUUUGUUAGAAAACAUUGUUGGGAUGCUCCCUAAUUCUUUCAUUUUGCAGAUUUUCUCUUAAAAUUAACAAACCUUCAAUAGAGUAAUAUUCCUAUUUUAAUUAAUUGUAGCGUUCACAACCAAAACCCUUAAAACCAGCUGCAUUUUUAAUCUACAUGUAUUAUUAUAGGACAUGCUACAACUGUCUUUGGGGAUAGAGUACCUACUGAGGAACAUGUCAUUGAAAGUAUAAAAGAUGUUUACAACUCUAGAAGUGCAUUUCUUAAACUGUUUCUGAAUCCAAUUCAUUGGAAACUUUUUUUUUUUAUUUAGUUUUUAAAAAUUGGUUUAAUAAUAUAUUAAAUGUUACCAAGAAUUAUCUAGAAAAACAUGCAUUAUUAACCAUUCUAAAGUUCCUGAUUCUAAAUUACUUCAGCUUUGCAUAGGAUCAAAAUUUUUCACUGGAACAAAAUCAUGUCAAUCAUACAAAUAAGAUUAAAAAGCUAAAUUCUUCAGAUAGUGAUUUUUGUAAAAUUAUAUCCAGGUCUUCAUGUUAUAUUUAUUUCUUGAUUGCCACUUGAAUGUUAUUUUGUAAGGUCAGACAAAUCAUUCUCCAAUUCUCCACAUACAUAAAACACAAUACACUUCCAUCCAUGCAGUUACAUUAUAUGUGUUUGUACAUGCCAUUCACACUUGCUUCCCCUCCAUCCCCCCCUCCCUUACUGUACAUAGCAUAAUGUGAAGGAAAUGAAGCUCAUACUUAAUUGUGAUUGUAUUUAAUAACCCCACUAUUUAUCUAUUUGUUGAUGGGUGUAACACCAAGCCAAGUCAUGCUCUUUGUAGUGCUAAUCUCUCUCCCAUUCAAUCAUAAGCAUUACUGUGUGUGCAGGAGUGUUUGGGACAUUUGAUCUUCUGCUGCAUUCUAUAAAGCAGACCAAGUUGUGUGAUUUUUUGUUUUUAAAUGUUACAUUUUCAUUCAAUUGACUGCUAAGUUGUGUGCAUAUGGGCAGAAAACUAUGGCACUCACCCAGACUCAAGACUUAUCUUGACUCCCUUUUAUUAGUCAUUCUGAUUGUGCCUUUUGUUUCCAUUGUGUUCAACUAGAUGCUUUCUACUAGGCAUACAUUUCUAAAGCUAACAUGAUGAAACUUAAUACACUGAAUUUAGAUGUCUAUUAUUUAACGGAAUAAACCUAAUGGGGACACAAAUAGAAACCUAGUUCCACUUUGAUUCAUCACUAAGUUGGGCAACAUACAUGGAUAUACGUAUAAUCCUAUUAGUUUCAGUAGAGCAACAUUUGGACUGAUGGCCAUUUCAUGUUGCUGUUGCAGGAAAUGAUUCAAAAUCACAUGCCUGUUUACCUUUGUUGAAGUGCAUAAAAAUGAGGGCAACAUUGUUUGAUUUUUAUCAGAGUCAUUUUGCAGUACCGGUAUAGAUGUUUUUAGCUUAAUUUGGACUCUUAUAUUACUAUGUUUAUCCAUGGCUUUGUUUACAUUUCUCCCCUAUCACCUGUGUUUAAUACAGUGUGAUUUUAAUUGUAUACAAUUAUAUCAUCUCUCUAUUUUGUAACAUCUAAGACCAUUACCAAUUAUGAAAAUAAAAAGAAAUUGUAAAAGGUGAAACUACAUGUUACAUAAGAUUGUUUUGUAGAGUUUGGUUUGUACUUUAUUUGAGAAUAGAAACACAAAUGAAAACUAUGAAAUACUUAAGAGGAUUCCUUGUCAAUUAUUUGUGUCAAAAAAAAAAAAUCUAAAAUGAGUAAAGACUUGUUGUGUUGGAUACUUCUGUUGUUCUCAGGUGAUGGUUCAUAUCUGUGAGAAACUUUAAGUGCUAAAUAUUCUAUUUGUUAUAACUUGUGCUUGUAAAUAGAUUUUGAUUCUUGCUAUGUAAUCAUCUUUUAUGUGCCAUUUUAAAGUCACAAAACAAAUGGAAGUUCAAUGUUGUUUUGUUGACCUUGUCAUUUUGUACUAAGGAAACAAAAAUUAACCAAAUUUGGCUGUAUUUCUGACCAUAUUCAUUUUUCAGUGAUUCUCUGUUCUUGUCUUAACCCUGCUGGCUCUUUCUCUUGGAUGGCUAUGUGAUAUAUAGGAAUGACCACACCUGUAAAGCAUAUCAUACUGUUUUGUCCAUAAUACACAAGGUGAUUCUUGAUAGAAUGAAAAACUUGUUUUAGAACAAUAAAAGUACAUUCUUGUACAUACA